AUAAUCCAGACACAAAGCGUGGUUGCCACACGUUCAUCACACCGGCUACCCUUCUUCUAUACAUAACGUACGUACAUCUGCAGUGCUCACUCUUUUGAGUUUGAGUAAAGAAAAAUGGCGAGCAUUGGCAACUGUGUUUUUUGGGGAUUUGUUCGGGCGGCAACACCCUCUACGGCGACGAAGCCUCAGCGGCGGAACGUGGCGGUGAGAGCGGAAUCCAUAAACCCAGACAUCAGAAAGACGGAAGACAAAGUGGUGGACUCCGUGGUGGUCACCGAACUCGCUAAGCCUCUCACUGCUUACUGCAGGUGUUGGAGGUCUGGGACAUUCCCAUUGUGCGAUGGAGGCCAUGUGAAGCACAAUAAAGCCACCGGAGAUAACGUUGGACCGCUGCUGUUGAAGAAACAGUAAACGCUUUUGAUCUGAUCUGAUCUGAUGGCAUCACUUCUCCAGUACGUCUUUUGAAUCAUUUCAUGAGGAAUAACGACUCCUCCUCCUCCUCCUCCUCAAUGUCAUGUUAAAUUUUACUUCUUGUGGAUUCAAUCUAAUCAGGUUUCUCAUUAUUAUUACUUUGAGACUAAUACAGAUAUCUCUCCUUUGCCUGCUAUUUGCUUUGAUUCAACCAAAGUUUUGGAGAAUAUCUAUCGUAUCAAUCGCAUUUCUAAA